GCUCAACAACGAGGGAGCAACAGCUACAACCAUACAAUCUAGAUUGUACCGUACAUAUACUUCCCAGAGCUCAUCUCCUGCGAUAUCCACCACCACCAUGCCCAAAGCAACAUCAGCUACCAAAAACCACAAACCCCGUCACACCCCCCUGCACGUCGACAUCUCCAAAGACUCGGACAUGCAAAAGUUCGGUCGGGUAGCCAGUACGAACGGCAAAAAGGGUAAAGAUCGAGCCAGUCGAAGCGAUGCCGAAGCCGAUGGCGAGGACAAGGAGGGCGGGGUGGUAGGCGGGAGGAUGUCGAGGAAGAUUCUGGACCUGGCUAGGGAUCAACAGGAAGAGGUCAUGGGCGAGAUGGAGGACGAUGAUGAUGACGAAGACGAAGAAGAUGACGAGGAGGAGGAAGACGAUGUUAGGGCUGUAGGGACCGGCCAGAGGGUAAAGCGGCCUGAUGCGGACGAAGAGGAGGACCUGGAAGAAGGAGAUGUUAGCGAUGAAGAGUAUGCCGAGUUGGAAAUCGACCCGGAAGACUACGAAACCCUGGCUACCCUCCGUCGAGGCGGUAUCCCCGAUUUCAACGACCCCAACAACAACAGCACCGACCUCCUCUCCUCCCUACCUACCACGGAAGAACCCCGAACUCUAGCCGACCUGAUUUUCAACAAGCUUAACGAAGCUGGACACUCUACAGACGGGGGUGCUGGAGGUGUACCGGGGGUGAGGGCGGUACCGAAUCAGCCGGGGAUGGAUGCUGGGAUGGACGGACCUUUGGACCCGAGGGUCGGUCUGAACCCCAAGGUCGUCGAGGUGUAUACCAAAGUCGGCGUCCUCCUUUCUCGUUACAAGUCCGGUCCACUCCCCCGAGCACUCAAAAUCCUCCCUUCCCUGCCACAUUGGGCCCAACUCCUAGCUCUCACCCAACCCCCCGCUUGGACCCCUCACGCGACCUACGCCUGUACCAAGAUCUUCGUGUCCAACCUGAAACCUACCGAGGUUCAGGUCUUCCUCGAGGGGAUCCUCCUGGAGAAGGUCAGGGAUAACAUGAUGGAUGGCGAGAGUCGCAAGGGGGGUAAAGGGGGAAAGUUGGAUGUGCAGUUGUACGAGGCGUUGAAGAAGGGACUUUAUAAGCCGGCGGCUUGGUUUAAGGGGAUCUUGUUCCCGCUAUGCGAGGGGGGAUGCACCUUGAAAGAGGCCACCAUCAUUGCCUCGGUCUUGACCAAAAUCUCCAUCCCCGUCCUUCAUUCUGCCGCCGCCCUCCUCCGUCUGAGCAACAUGGAAUACACUGGACCCAACUCGCUCUUCAUCCGAGUGCUCCUCGACAAAAAGUACGCGUUGCCAUACAAGGUGGUGGACGCGCUCGUCUUCCACUUCAUCAGGCUGGCGAACACGGGGAUGAAGGGAGUCAGGGGGAUUAGCAAGGAGGAAGAGGAGAAGUUGCCGGUGCUUUGGCAUCAGAGCUUGUUGGUCUUUGUCCAGAGGUACGGAGCUGACCUGACGCCAGACCAGAAGGACGCACUAUUGGAUGUCAUCCGAGCUCGACCUCACGCGCAGAUUUCGCCGGAGAUCAGGAGAGAAAUCUUGACGAGCGUGAUGCGUGGGGAACCUCGACCGGAAGAGGGCGAGGGGGAUGUCGAGAUGCGAUGAAAGUCUGGGAUGCUGUUCUCUUGGAAAGAGAGCUGGCGUGUAUCAGUUGGGUGGACAUGCGGUUGGGGCUUGUUGUAUAUCAGACCUGCUAUAGAAUGACGACGUUUGCGACUUGUUGAUCAACCCAAAUUACGAAUUCCUGAUCAGCAUGCCCGGUCAAGUCGUUGAGAGACCCUGUCCUGAG